GUGGAAAAGUUCCAUCCAGCUCAGAUACUGCAUCUGAUGAAAAACAACAUGGCUUCUAUGGUGUUGGAACUGGUAAUAACUUAUGGAGUCGCAAGGAUAUCAGUGCUUUAUGGGAGGGACCAAUAGCAGAUAGUUGCUGUAUAACAUCCAUGACAACUUUUCCUGAUGGUACAAUUGUUGGUAUUGGAACAGAUCAGCAACUCUGGACUAGACCUGGUAAAGAUGGUAAAUGGAGUGGACCCAUUGCAAACAGCUGUUGUGUAACUGAUAUUACAUACCUAAAUGAUGGUUCGCUGAUUGGGAUUGGCACUGGAAAUAAUUUAUGGACUCGACCUGGUAUUGAAGGUGGAACAGUUCCAUCCAGCUCAGAUACUGCAUCUGAUGAAAAACAACAUGGCUUCUAUGGUGUUGGAACUGGUAAUAGCUUAUGGAGUCGCAAGGAUAUCAGUGCUUUAUGGGAGGGACCAAUAGCAGAUAGUUGCUGUAUAACAUCCAUGACAACUUUUCCUGAUGGUACAAUUGUUGGUAUUGGAACAGAUCAGCAACUCUGGACUAGACCUGGUAAAGAUGGUAAAUGGAGUGGACCCAUUGCAAACAGCUGUUGUGUAACAGAUAUUACAUACCUAAAUGAUGGUUCGCUGAUUGGGAUUGGCACUGGAAAUAAUUUAUGGACUCGACCUGGUAUUGAAGGUAAAUGGUCUGGACCAGUUGCAAAUAGCUGCUGUGUUAAAUCCAUUUCUCAGUUGACAUCAGGUGAAAUUCUUGGAGUUGGUAUGAGUGGAAAACUAUGGACACGACCAGGCGUUGAAGGCAGCUGGACAAAGGUGGAUGAUGAUGGUGUUGUUUCAGACAUAACAGUGACAAGUGAAGGAAAUGUAGUCGGUAUUGGCGGGACAUGUGGUCUGUGGGAGAGAAAAGAACUUCACAGUACUUGGGGAAGUGAAAUUGACAACAGCAGAUGCGUGAAGUCAGUAUCAGUUGUUCGAACUUCUGAUAGCACAGGUGGAAAAUUUCCAUCCAGCUCAGUUACUGUAUCUGAUGAAAAACAACAUGGCUUCUAUGGUGUUGGAACUGGUAAUAACUUAUGGAGUCGCAAGGAUAUCAGUGCUUUAUGGGAGGGACCAAUAGCAGACAGUUGCUGUAUAACAUCCAUGACAACUUUUCCUGAUGGUACAAUUGUUGGUAUUGGAACAGAUCAGCAACUCUGGACUAGACCUGGUAAAGAUGGUAAAUGGAGUGGACCCAUUGCAAACAGCUGUUGUGUAACUGAUAUUACAUACCUAAAUGAUGGUUCGCUGAUUGGGAUUGGCACUGGAAAUAAUUUAUGGACUCGACCUGGUAUUGAAGGUAAAUGGUCUGGACCAGUUGCAAAUAGCUGUUGUGUUAAAUCCAUUUCUCAGUUGACAUCAGGUGAAAUUCUUGGAGUUGGUAUGAGUGGAAAACUAUGGACACGACCAGGCGUUGAAGGCAGCUGGACAAAGGUGGAUGAUGAUGGUGUUGUUUCAGACAUAACAGUGACAAGUGAAGGAAAUGUAGUCGGUAUUGGCGGGACAUGUGGUCUGUGGGAGAGAAAAGAACUUCACAGUACUUGGGGAAGUGAAAUUUCCAACAGUAGAUGCGUGAAGUCAGUAUCAGUUGUUCGAACUUCUGAUAGCACAGGUGGAAAAGUUCCAUCCAGCUCAGAUACUGCAUCUGAUGAAAAACAACAUGGCUUCUAUGGUGUUGGAACUGGUAAUAACUUAUGGAGUCGCAAGGAUAUCAGUGCUUUAUGGGAGGGACCAAUAGCAGAUAGUUGCUGUAUAACAUCCAUGACAACUUUUCCUGAUGGUACAAUUGUUGGUAUUGGAACAGAUCAGCAACUCUGGACUAGACCUGGUAAAGAUGGUAAAUGGAGUGGACCCAUUGCAAACAGCUGUUGUGUAACUGAUAUUACAUACCUAAAUGAUGGUUCGCUGAUUGGGAUUGGCACUGGAAAUAAUUUAUGGACUCGACCUGGUAUUGAAGGUAAAUGGUCUGGACCAGUUGCAAAUAGCUGCUGUGUUAAAUCCAUUUCUCAGUUGACAUCAGGUGAAAUUCUUGGAGUUGGUAUGGGUGGAAAACUAUGGACACGACCAGGCGUUGAAGGCAGCUGGACAAAGGUGGAUGAUGAUGGUGUUGUUUCAGACAUAACAGUGACAAGUGAAGGAAAUGUAGUCGGUAUUGGCGGGACAUGUGGUCUGUGGGAGAGAAAAGAACUUCACAGUACUUGGGGAAGUGAAAUUUACAACAGUAGAUGCGUGAAGUCAGUAUCAGUUGUUCGAACUUCUGAUAGCACAGGUGGAAAAGUUCCAUCCAGCUCUGAUACUGCAUCUGAUGAAAAACAACAUGGCUUCUAUGGUGUUGGAACUGGUAAUAACUUAUGGAGUCGCAAGGAUAUCAGUGCUUUAUGGGAGGGACCAAUAGCAGAUAGUUGCUGUAUAACAUCCAUGACAACUUUUCCUGAUGGUACAAUUGUUGGUAUUGGAACAGAUCAGCAACUCUGGACUAGACCUGGUAAAGAUGGUAAAUGGAGUGGACCCAUUGCAAACAGCUGUUGUGUAACUGAUAUUACAUACCUAAAUGAUGGUUCGCUGAUUGGGAUUGGCACUGGAAAUAAUUUAUGGACUCGACCUGGUAUUGAAGGUAAAUGGUCUGGACCAGUUGCAAAUAGCUGUUGUUUUAAAUCCAUUUCUCAGUUGACAUCAGGUGAAAUUCUUGGAGUUGGUAUGAGUGGAAAACUAUGGACACGACCAGGCGUUGAAGGCAGCUGGACAAAGGUGGAUGAUGAUGGUGUUGUUUCAGACAUAACAGUGACAAGUGAAGGAAAUGUAGUCGGUAUUGGCGGGACAUGUGGUCUGUGGGAGAGAAAAGAACUUCACAGUACUUGGGGAAGUGAAAUUGACAACAGCAGAUGCGUGAAGUCAGUAUCAGUUGUUCGGACUUCUGAUAGCACAGGUGGAAAAAUUCCAUCUAGAUCAGAUACUGCAUCUGAUGAAAAACAGCAGGAUUUCUAUGGUGUUGGAACUGGUGAAGAAAUUCCAUCCAGCUCAGAUACUUCAUCUGAUGAAAAACAGCAAGGCUUCUAUGGUGUUGGAACUGAUACAUCAAAAUCAUCACAUCGUAUUGAUGUUGGUAAAGACCGGCCUGGAGGUGACAUGAAUGAUGGUAAUUCAAAUUUGGUAGAUAGUGCGGAAGAAUGCUAUUGUGCAUGUAUUCAGACCAAUGGUUGCCAGGCUUGGUCAUUUCGUACUGACAGUAAUGGUUGUUGGUUAAAGAACUCUGUACCAGAUCAAACAACGUUAGAUACUGCUAUAUCUGGAGUCAUUUCAG